AUGGUCGAAAAGCUCUCCUCGUCUCUGGAUGACAAGUCGCUCCGCACUGCUCGUCAACGUGUUGGAUCACACAUUGACUUCAAGUCAGCUACCUCAGCCGUGGCGAGCAAGGCUAUGCGGAAUGAACUGAAUGCACUGAUCGAAGGUAUUGAAGAUCCAGCUGCUAGGCAUGCAUUUGAAGCAGAAAUGGCUUCUUUCUACCACCUUUUCAAUCGCUUCCUCGCUGAGAAAGCGAAGGGCGAAAGACUUGACUGGGACAAGAUCCAGCCUCCUGCACCAGAACAAGUGACGUCUUACGCGUCGUUGCCGCAAGCGACGGACCCAUCCGUCCUGGACAAGCUGGCUGUGCUGAAGCUUAAUGGCGGUCUUGGCACGACAAUGGGCUGCACGGGCCCAAAGAGUGUGAUUGAAGUACGUGAGGGUAUGACUUUCCUCGAUAUGUCCGUGCGUCAGAUUGAGCACUUGAAUGGCACGUAUAAUGUGAACGUACCAUUCAUCCUGAUGAACUCGUUCAACACGGACGACGAUACGGCGCGUGUCAUUCAGAAGUACGCGAACCACAACGUGGAGAUUAUGACGUUCAACCAAUCGCGCUACCCGCGUAUCAACCGGGACAGUCUUCUUCCCUGCCCCCGCAGCGCGACGUCCAACAAGAAUCUGUGGUACCCACCAGGCCACGGUGACCUCUUCGAUGCCAUGAACAACUCCGGUCUGCUUGACAGCCUUCUUGCCAUGGGCAAGGAGUAUGUGUUUGUCUCGAACGUUGACAACCUGGGAGCUGUGGUUGACCUCAACAUCUACCAGCACAUGAUUGAGACACAGGCUGAGUUCAUUUCAGAGGUGACCGACAAGACGAAGGCAGACGUCAAAGGUGGCACGCUGAUUGACUACGAGGGCACCGUCCGUCUGCUCGAAAUUGCGCAAUCUCUUGAGAGCGGUGAGCCAGUCAUCCAGCUUGAAACGGCUGUCGGUGCGGCUAUCAAGCAUUUCCGUGGCGCGAAGGGUGUGAAUGUGCCGCGUUCGCGCUUCCUGCCUGUCAAGAGCUGCUCGGACCUGCUCCUUAUUACGAGUGACUUGUACGGUCUUGAGCACGGCAAGCUAGUCAUGAACCCGCAGCGCCAGUUCAACCAAACGCCUGUAGUUAAGCUGGGCGAUAACUUCAAGAAGGUCGCGAACUACCAGAAGCGCUUCAAGAGCAUUCCAAAAAUGAUGGAGCUUGACCACCUAACAGUCAUGGGCGAUGUGUCGUUCGGCCGCAAUGUGGUGCUUAAGGGCACUGUGAUUAUCGUUGCCAAUGAAGGCAACCGGAUUGAAAUUCCUGAUGGUGCCGUUCUGGAGAACAAGCUUGUGACUGGCAACCUGGCUAUCAUUGACCACUAG